AUGUCACCAGCACAGAACCUUGACUCUGGUUCCCCGCCACAGUAUCAUGAGCUUGAAGGGAGCAUGCCAGAAAUUGUAGCUCCACCACAAAAUGAGGUGGUAGCAGAGUUGGAAGCAACAACAGCUGGUCGAGAUGACGGCCGUAUUGACAUUGACCUCAGCUCGCGACUAGUUCGACGGCUAUCGCGACUAGCUCCAAUCGAAAAACCGAAAGUGUCAUUAGAGCAACCCUCAAGCCUACCGCCUCCACCAGAGUAUUCGGAAACAGGCCAGUCUAGCAUUUGUCUCAACAUUGUUAUCCAAGUUGUCGGCAGUCGAGGCGAUGUCCAACCGUUUGUCGCCCUUGGAACAGAACUACAGCGCCAUGGCCAUCGAGUCCGACUCGCGACCCACGGCCAGUUCGACAAAUUCGUCCGCGAUGCUGGUCUUGAAUUCUACUCCAUUGGUGGCGACCCCGCUGAGCUUAUGGCAUACAUGGUCAAGAACCCAGGUCUACUUCCUAGCAUGAAAACUCUGCGGGGAGGCGAGAUUCAAAAGAAGCGGAAAAUGGUGAAUGAGAUGCUUCACAAGUGUUGGGAUUCCUGCAUUCGACCGGAUGAGUUGACGGGACAGCCAUUUGUUGCAGAUGCAAUCAUUGCCAACCCGCCCAGUUUCGCCCAUAUUCAUUGUGCACAAGCUUUGUCCAUCCCUGUUCAUCUCAUGUUCACCAUGCCAUGGACAAGCACACGGGAGUUUUGUCAUCCUCUUGCAAAUCUCAAAGCCAACGGCAGUGAGAUGUCGGCAAGCGCUGCGAAUUACGUCUCCUACAGCUUGGUGGAAUGGAUGACAUGGCAAGGACUUGGCGACGUUAUCAACGCAUGGAGACACACACUAGACCUCGAGACAAUUCCGUUCAGCGAAGGCCCAUGUCUGGCCGAGACACUUGGAGUGCCUGUCACGUAUUGCUGGUCGCCAGCAUUAGUCCCCAAACCAACAGACUGGGCCGAUAACAUUGAUGUUUGCGGUUUUUUCUUUCGCGAUAUGCCGUCUUAUGAACCCGAUGCCGACCUGAAGAAAUUUCUUUCCAGCGGAACAACUCCAGUAUACAUCGGUUUUGGCAGUAUUGUGAUCGAUAAUCCCGAAGAGUUAACAGCGACAAUCCGUGAAGCUGUACGUGCAACAGGCACUCGAGCUAUUGUGUCAAGAGGUUGGAGCAAACUGGGAGGAGACUCUCCCAGCGACGACAGUAUUUUCUUCCUUGGCGACUGUCCCCACGAAUGGCUAUUCCAGCAAGUCAGGGCGGUCGUCCAUCAUGGCGGUGCCGGAACGACUGCUUGUGGGUUACUCAACGCCAAGCCGACUGCUAUCGUCCCAUUCUUCGGAGAUCAACCGUUCUGGGGACACAUGGUCAACGCCGGUGGUGCCGGACCAGCCCCGAUUCCUUUCAAGAGUCUGAACAAAGACAACCUGGCAGACGCUAUUCGCUUCUGUCUGACCCCAGAAGCAUCUGAUUCAGCGCGCAAAAUCGCACAGAAAAUGUCUCGUGAGGCGGGUGUCAGACGCGCUGUGGCUUCUUUCCACGCAAACUUACCUCUCAACAAGAUGCGUCAUCAGUCCCAUCCUAUCCACAUAGAGAAUCGACGCUGGGAUCCUGUGACUGCGGCUCUUGCAUCCCUCACCACAACCACUGUGGGCUUGGUGACCUCAGCAUCAGAUAUUGUCGUGAAACCGAUACAGGCAUUCCGCCCUGUGAGCUCAGAAGAGUCGAGGCGGGCCUCUAGCAGUCGCGAUUCAUCUGAGAAUAAUCCCAGCAACCAACAUUCCAGGACUCCUGGCAACACGAACGACGACGACGUCUUUGGAAGACCGGCGGGUUUGACUGUACCUCAUCAACUGAACAAGAGCCGCAGCACCAGUGAUUUGCACCAGCAACACGGCACGGUGGCCGCUCUGAAAGGGUCCGCUUCUGGCGUUGGUGGCUUUUUCAAGCACUACUCAAAGGGCAUGUUACUCGACCUUCCCUAUGCAGUCUCCGAAGGGAUGCGGAAUGCUCCGAAACUAUACGGCGGUCAAGCUUACGACCCUGGCGCGGUGACCGACUGGAAGUCUGGGAGUAUUGCAGCUGGCAAGAACUUUGCGCACGGAAUUGUCGAGGGUAUUGGGGGUAUAGUCAUGGAGCCGAUAAGAGGGGGCAAGAAGAAUGGUGCGGCUGGAGCAGCAAAGGGGGUUGGUAUAGGGCAAGGCUAUUGUGGAGGCGAGAAGGAUUGA